CGUCCUAUUUUUCUUUCUCCAAGAUCCUGCAAUUUUUUUUUUUUUUAAAUUCCUUUCUGAUCUCUUUCCGGCCAUGUGUGAUUGCAGUUUCCUCUGGGCGUCCAUUUCAGCAGCCUGAAAUUAAGCAGCAGACAGAGGGAGAGAGAAGAGGGGGGAUCGCCCCCCGCUCAUCCUGCUCCCCCAACAGAAGCAGAAGGAGCCGCUCUCAGGAAUUCCCAGCAAGGCUCUUGGCGCAGGAAAGGGAAGCCGCCAGCGCCAGGCUGCCUAUUUGGAGUACAGAGAGCCCCACAUUCCCCUUCUGGGGGUCUCCCCAGCCCUGAAUCUGCAAGACAAGCUGGCAGAGAUGCCCUGUCCUCCCUGCACACCAGCUCCCACCUCCCACACCUAUUUUGGCUGAAGGGAAGUCCUCCGGAUCUGGCUGGGAAGCUUAUGCACCAUCUGAAGUGCUUUCCUCCUCCUCUUGCACAGCUGCCAAGCUUGGCCAAGUCCUGCCAGGGGGGCUUUUCUCCACCCCAGCACCAGCAGCUGCACCUCCCGGGGGUGACAGGACUGCAGCAAUGUCAGUCUCCCUGCACCGGCGCUGGAUAGAUGGUUUUUCUGUCGCUCUGAUUUGAAAAGCAGCCACCAAACCUACCUGUCUGCCUGCCCCUGUCACUGCUGCGGCUGUGUGAUAGCGGGGAAGGCUCAGCGUGCUGACUGCUAUCCUCUUCCUGAGCUGGAGACAAGAGAGAGAGGUUGCAGGGUCCAUCAGUCCCACCCCUUCCUCUCUCCCUUCCCCUUCCAGAGAAGAGUCCUGGCUCUUUGCAGCAUCUGUGGUGCAUCGGAGAGCAAGCCAGCCCCAGGAGCUGCAGCAAAGGAAGCCCUUGCUUCAGGUGAUUCAGGGGAGAGGAGCUGAGAAGAACAAGGUGCAUUGGGUCUCCCGAGCUCUUGUCUUCGGUGCGUGACACGGAUCUGGCUCUGCAAUUCCACCAGGCGAUGGCCACGCACUGAAGAUGUCCGUGCUCAGGCUGAACAGCGUCAAUGGGUUUCUGGAGGACUCCAGGAUGGAGGCUGGGGAUAUGGGGAGGAUCCUCAGGUGCUUGGAGAUUGGCACCGUGCUGACCUUGUUCUACCAGAAAAAGUCACAGAGGCCGGAGCGCAGGACAUUUCAGGUCAGGCUGGAGACCAGGCAGAUCAUCUGGAGCCGGACCCCGGAGAAGGUGGAAGGGGACAUUGACAUUCGAGAGAUCAAAGAGAUCCGCCCAGGGAAGAACUCCCGGGAUUUUGAACGAUAUCCAGAAGAUGCUCGGAAACUGGACGCCGCCAUGUGCUUCAUCAUCCUGUAUGGACCCGAUUUCAGGCUGCGGACUCUCAGUGUGGCCGCCUUCUGCGAGGAAGACGUCAGCCUCUGGAUAGCGGGCCUGAACUGGCUGGUGACAGACACCCAGAAAGCCCAGACGCCGCUGCAGAUUGAGAGGUGGCUGCGGAAACUCUUUGAUGGGAUGGACAGGACGAGAGAAGGCAGUAUCACCGUGAAGGAUCUCAAGGCCAUGCUGCCGCAGGUCAACUACCGGGUGCCCAACAUGCGGUUCCUGCGGGACAAACUCGUGGAAGUGGAAGCCAGGAACGAGAUGUCCUUUUCUCACUUCACCCAAUUCUACAAGAACCUGAUGUUCGAUGCUCAGAAAUCGGUCAUCGAGCAGCUGGAGCUCUCCUUUCCCCUACGCAACGUCGACCGGCCGGAGCUGUGCCAGAUUAUGCUGUACGACUUCCAGAAGUUCCUGCUGUACGACCAGAAGGAGCCCUGGGCCAACGACGUCGGCAAGGUGCGGGAGUACAUGUGUGGCUACCUCCGGGACCCCUGCAGUGACAUUUCAGAGCCCUUCUUCCAGCUGGAUGAGUUCCUGACAUACCUGUUCUCCAAGGAGAACAUGGUCAUGGACUCCAAGUAUGAGCGGGUGGUCCCGGAGGAGAUGAACUACCCCCUGUCCCAGUACUGGAUCUCCUCCUCCCACAACACGUACCUGACCGGGGACCAGUUCUCCAGCGAGUCCUCGCUGGAAGCCUACGCCCGCUGCCUCCGGAUGGGCUGUCGCUGCAUCGAGCUGGACUGUUGGGACGGUCCGGACGACCUGCCAAUCAUCUACCACGGCCACACGCUCACCUCCAAGAUCAAGUUCCUGGAUGUCCUGCACACCAUCAAGGAGCACGCCUUUGUGACCUCGGAGUUCCCCAUCAUCCUCUCCAUCGAGGACCACUGCAGCAUCGUGCAGCAGAGGAACAUGGCCUCCCACUUCAAGAAGGUCUUUGGGGACAUGCUGCUCACCAAGCCGGUGGACAUCAAUGCGGACGAGCUGCCAUCGCCCACCCAGCUCAAGAAGAAAAUCCUCAUCAAGCACAAGAAACUGGUGGAGGGAAACCUCUAUGAAGAGGUCUCCACGGCCAGUUACUCGGAGAACGACAUCAGCAACUCCAUCAAGAACGGCAUCCUCUACCUCGAGGACCCCAUCGACCACACCUGGAGCCCACAUUACUUUGUCCUGACAAGCAACAAGAUCUACUACUCGGAGGAGACGUCGCGCUACCAGUUCAACGAGGACGAGGAGGAGGUGGAGCCAAAGGAGGAGUUCAACAACAACGAGCUGCACUUUACGGAGAAGUGGUUUCACGGGAAGCUGGGCGGGGGGCGCGACGGGCGCCAGAUCGCCGAGAAGCUGCUGCACGAGUACUGCACCGAGACGGGCGGCAAGGACGGCACCUUCCUGGUGCGGGAGAGCGAGACCUUCGUGGGGGACUACACCCUCUCCUUCUGGAGGUCCAACCGGGUCCAGCAUUGCCGCAUUCACUCCCGGCAGGAGGCCGGCACCACCAAGUUCUACCUGACGGACAACCUGGUGUUCGACAGCCUGUACAGCCUCAUCUGCCACUACCGCGAGGUGCCGCUGCGCUGCAACGAGUUCGAGAUGCGGCUCACGGACCCUGUGCCCCAGCCCAACGCCCACGAGAGCAAAGAGUGGUACCACGCCAGCCUGACCCGCCUGCAAGCCGAGCACAUGCUGAUGCGGGUGCCCCGAGAUGGAGCCUUCCUGGUGCGCAAGCGCAGCGAGCCCAGCUCCUACGCCAUCUCCUUCCGGGCAGAAGGCAAGAUCAAGCACUGCCGCAUCCAGCAGGAAGGCCGCCUCUUCAUGCUGGGCAGCUCGGCCGAGUUCGAGAGCCUGGUGGACCUGGUGAGCUACUACGAGAAGCACCCGCUGUACCGCAAGAUGAAGCUGCGCUACCCCAUCAACGAGGAGACGCUGGAGAAGAUGGGCACCGCCGAGCUGGACUAUGGAGCCCUGUAUGAGGUGCGGACCCCCCACUUCUACGUGGAGGCCAACAAGAUGCCAAUGGCCAGGUGCACGGUGAAGGCCCUGUACGACUACAAGGCGCAGCGGGAAGACGAGCUCUCCUUCUGCAAACAGGCCAUCAUCCACAAUGUGGACAAGCAGGACGGAGGCUGGUGGCGAGGAGACUACGGGGGCAAGAAGCAGCUCUGGUUCCCGGCCAACUACGUGGAGGAGAUGCUGAACACGCAAGCGCCGGAGCAGGAUGAGGCUUCAGCAGAAAACAGCCCCUUGGGGAAUUUCCUGAAAGGCUUCAUUGACGUCCCGUCCUGCCACGUAGUUAUCUCCAAAGACGGGAGGAGCUCCAAACCAUUUGUCUUCACCAUCCAUUCCCAGCAGAUGUCCCACCCGUCCCAGUCGCUGGACGUGGCCGCCGACACGCAGGAGGAACUCAACGACUGGGUGGCCAAGAUCCGGGAGGCCACGCAAAACGCAGAUGCCAGGAUGCAAGAGGGGAAGAUCAUGGAGAGGAGAAAGAAGAUCGCGCUGGAGCUCUCCGAGCUGGUCGUCUAUUGCCGCCCGGUGCCCUUUGAUGAAGAGAAGAUCGGCAUGGACAAGGCCUGCUACCGGGACAUGUCCUCCUUCCCCGAGACCAAGGCGGAGAAGUAUGCCAACCGCAGCAAGGGCAAGAAGUUCCUGCAGUACAACCGGCGCCAGCUCAGUCGCAUCUAUCCCAAGGGGCAGCGCCUGGACUCCUCCAACUACGACCCGCUGCCCAUGUGGAUCUGCGGCAGCCAGCUUGUGGCCCUCAACUUCCAGACCCCCGACAAGCCGAUGCAGCUGAACCAGGCCCUGUUCAUGCUGGGGGGCCGCAGCGGCUACGUCCUGCAGCCAGACAUCAUGCGGGAUGAGAUGUUCGACCCCUUUGACAAGAACAGCCUGAAGAUCGUGGAGCCCAUCACCGUGCAGCUCCAGAUCCUGGGUGCCCGGCACCUCCCCAAGAACGGCCGGAGCAUCGUGUGCCCCUUUGUGGAGGUGGAGGUCUGUGGCUCCGAGUACGACAACAGCAAGAACAAGACGGACGUCGUCGCGGAUAACGGGCUCAACCCCGUGUGGCUCUUCAAGCAGUUCGUCUUCGACAUCAACAACCCCGAGUUUGCCUUCCUGCGCUUUGUGGUGUAUGAGGAGGACAUGUUCAGCGAUCCCAACUUCCUGGCGCAGGCCACCUUCCCCGUCAAGGGCCUCAAAACAGGCUACAGGUCGGUGCCCCUGAAGAACAGCUACACCGAGGACCUGGAGCUCUCCUCCCUGCUCGUCCACAUGGAGAUCGUCAAUGCCAAGGAGGAAGACGACGAGAACCUGUACUCCUCCAUCCAGCAGCUGCGCGACCGUGCCAACGAGCUCUCCAACCAGGUGUCCAGCUUCGAGCGCAGCAACAACUGCGACUCCCGCUACCAGCAGCGACUGGACGAGCUGCGGGCGGCCCAGGAGCGGCUCAUGGAGCUGACCGAAGUGCGCAACCGGAAGCUCAUGGAGAAGAAGAAGCGGGAUCGGCAGAUGGCCAACAGGCGCAACUGAGCCAGCCGGGGGGCCCUCCGCUGCGGGGGAGCCUGGGGAUUCCCACCCCCAGGAGAUCCAGCCCUCGAUCCCAGCCAUCCCCAGACAGUCCCCUCUUCCAUCUAGCUCGCUGCCCGUCGCCCUGCAUCAGUUGGGGGGACGAGACCUCGGCUGCAGGGAUCACAGGACCCGGAGCGACCUGGGCUGGGUUUGGGAGCUCGGGAGCUGCCAGCACCUCCCCUGAUGUAACACCCGGGUGUCUCGAGGGGCUCAGGCAGACACUGAGGAUGCCGGGAGCAGCAGCCCUGGGGCCCAAGCCACCGUGCAGUCUGGAUCUACUCCCACACCAUCAGUUUUAGAGGCUUCCACCAUCACUGGAGCGCCAGGGUGAUAGGAGCAAGGCAGGCGGGGAUGUCUCAGGAGGUCCAAAGCUCUCAUUCCCUAUGGGUCAAGCAACAGCUGCAGCUCUGCGGCGUCAGCUUUGCAGAGCUGCCUGGACCCUGGGGGGGGCCUCAGCAAGGCCAGGUUGAAAAAGCAACAGUCAGCUCUGGCCCACUCAAGUCCCCCCUCGCUUCCACGAGUUCUCCGGGUGCCCGGUGCUUGCUCCAAGCCUGGCGUUUGGCGCUAAGCGUCACGUGCUGCGGCCCCUUCUGCAUCUUCUAGGGCCCUAGGACAGCUGUGACUCCCUGCCUCUGCUCAGAUGGGGCCUGCAGAGCUGCCCCAGGGGCUGCGGUGACAGGCACGUGCUGUGGGGCAGGGACCGUGCCCCAUCCCUGCCAGCCUGUGCCUGAGUGGCGAAGAGCAGGAGCCUCUAGGGCUGGGGAGGGCGGCUUUCCAGACCCCGCAGGAGCAAGGCAGGCCCCUUCCUUGCCUUGUGACAUCCAUGGGAAUCCCAGCCAGGCGCUGCUCCUGGCUGGUGCCGUCCCUCUCCCACGUGCUUCCCACAACUUGGGGAUGGGGAAGCUGGGAAAAUCAGUAUCAUGAGCCCCGCACAAGGCACAGAGCAAUGCUGGGAUCCAACAGUGAAGGAGCGGUGGCAGGAGCAGGAGCCCAGCAGGCUUAACAUGGCUCAUUGUGCACACAUGGGCCAGGCCCAGGACAGCACUGUGAUGCUGGGCAGGCAGGGACCAGG